ACGCAGUAACUCUGUGCGUCGUGGUCAGUGUCUCAGUACGCUCAGUACUGUCAGUAGUGUUCGAUACUUUGAGGACGUGACACGUGCGAUUCUCGAGAGCUCAUGCGAAGCUACUUGCGACGAAUCUGCUACGGAUUCUCACACAGUUCGUCCGGCGGAUCAUGUGCGGCAUGUUACCGAUGUUGGAGAAAAAUUCUCUGUUUCCGUUCAACCCCAGUCUGAAUGAUGAGAUUCAGCGGCUGUUCGACGUCACCCUCAACAAAAGGCCACUGCCGACAGUUGAGGAGGUGAUGGAAGAGUUUCGACAUAAUGGUCGCGACUUCGAAUAUUGCCCGGAUGUGGACACAGACGUAUCAAAACAGAACGCAUCACGGCGAAAGAAAAAUAAAAAGCCCUUGCCAACGGAGUGCGUGUUUUGCAGAAAUAAUGGGGAAGAGGAGGCGUACUAUCGGCAGCACUUAUUAAAAGACGUCGAAGGACGUGUUGAGUGUCCUGUUCUCAGGGCUUAUACAUGUCCAAUUUGUGGCGCAACCGGUGACAUGGCACACACGGUUAAAUACUGUCCAAAGGGUCCGUACAAUCCCAAUACUAUAAGCACAACGAACGUCUACAAGUACUCGAAGAACUCCACAGGCAAACGUCGCAAGUAGGAGUAAGAAGCAACGCAAGCAAGCACCUUUCGAGCGCACCAUAUCGAUAUCAACUGUUGACAGAGGCUAUCCCCGCAAUACGUCCAAGUGCCAACGAGACAAUCUAGUUCCCUAGGUUAUUGUACAAUGUUCCUCUUUUCGUACUUAACAUUUACACUGGUCUGUAAACGUGAAGACUGAGAGCCGACGUGAUCUCGCACCCUCAGCAAAUACGCCCUAAAUACCGGUCCUAAAUCGAGAUCGAAACUUGAAUUUUCCGCCGACACCUCUCGCAUUCUUUUAUUUUAAUAUCUGUUUUUAACUUAAUUUUUAUAUCUUUAACAUAGUUAUAUCUAUGAAACAAUCUUCUACCUCUUGCAUUUUUCUUACUUUUAAUCUAAUUCAUAAUGCGUCGGAAAUCCAUAUUGAUAAAAUGAACGUUCAUUUCGAACGAAAGCUGGUUUGUGCGUAUUUCGAGAGUCGCACGAUUGAGUCGAUUCAGCGACACGUUAUGUUUAUCAUACAUUGUAUGGUCAUUGCGACACGUCUUUAAUUGAGUUAAUUGUAAUUUUUGUUUACGAAAACAAAUAAAUAUCUUGGGAACACUAUUGCCUCUUGAGGCCGAGGAGGCAAUAGUUUUUCCAAAAUAUUUGAUAUGUUUCUUGAUUACAAAAGGCCGAGUGUUUUCUAAAAUUAUAGAAAAAGUGGCAUAUUUCGAGAGAUAGAUAAUACCUUCAUGAUUUCUUAGACAUCAAGACUACUUUCUGAAAAUCAAGCAUAAAAAAGCAACGCAUGAAUAUAAAAGAAAAAGAGGAAAAUCCAAUUCGACAGAUCCAUUUACAAAUCUGAUGAAUUAUGAAUUGACUUCGUUUUUUUUUUUCACUUAUCGAUUGAACUUGUUUUAAAAAUCUCUUGGAAUGCGGUCUUGAUAUCUAAAAAAUCAUGAAAGUGUUAUCUAUC